GUUCCACUCAAACAGGAACCUCCUGGGGUAAAAAAAAAACCGUGUGGAGCAUUUCAAGUUACUUGGAAUCCACCAUCCCUAGACUCUGGUGGCGGUCCUCUCACUGGUUAUCAGGUUCAGUUAAAGUUAAGAAAGGGAAAUGGUGGCUGGCGCAACUGCACGGCCUUCUUUUCAAAUCACAGCUGUUUGUUCACAGACCUGCGUAGUAAGACAGAGUAUGACGUUCGAGUUCGAGCUUUUAAUCAGAACGGGCCAAGCCAAUGGACCUACACUUUAGAAACCACGGAUUUAAUUGGUAAGUCUUUCAUCUUAAUACUGUUGUUGUAUUACAUGUUCUUUUACAGCACUCUUUUAGCUUUCUUUCUACUUUUAUUAAAUCCAUGCUUCCAUCCUUCCUCAACAUUCCCCCUUCUUUUUGCAAAAUGGUUGCAUUCAUUUUCUAACUGUAAUGUUGACCUUUGAGCGUGUUCAUUUAUAUUUUCACUCCUUUGCUUUUUCAAUAACAAACUAAUCGUUUAGUUUUGUGGAGAUAAUUAAUUUAUUACUUUAUUAUAGGACCGCCUGGUGUUUCCGAAAUAUUAAACGAUCGAACAGAAAUUACUGGCAUAACACCCAAUGUAACAGUGCAGUGGACACGCCCAGAAGAAAGAAACUGCAGCAUCACUAUGUAUUCAUUGCGCUACAAAGCGGUUGAACCAGUUGCCGAGAAAAUGACGGAAAUAAAUAUCACAAACGCCAGUGUCACAAGUUUCGAACUACAGUUCCAACACAGUAAGAAGUAUGAAGUCACGGUCUUUGCUUGGAAUAGCCUGGGACGCAGUGAGGCAAGCAAAGCAUGGGAAGUGAGAACAGCACAAUGUAAAGAUACUUUCUUUGAUUAA